CCAGCGACCCCACCCCCUCCCCUUCCCCAUCCCCACCACCACCCAAAGCCAAACCCUAGAACCACCAUCCAUAACCACCAGACAAUCGCGACCAUUGCCCCCUUGACCAUCUCCCUUCCCCCACCCCAGCCGGACUCUCCCGCCCUGGUUUCGGCCCGCCGCCGCUCCCAGACCCAUCCCCUUCCCCUCGUCGGCACUUCCCCUCCCCCUCCCCCUAAACCACCGAAACCCCCACCACGAAACCCCCCAAUUCACCAACAAAACACCACCGAUCUGAUAGUUUCAAAAAAAAAAAAAAAAUUAUCUGAUUUGUUAAAUAAUUCGAGCAAGCAAUUAACCACAGACUUCGAUUAAGUUGAUGCAAGGCGGUUGGAGGUUUUAUGCGGUGGAGGGAGGGUUUUUUUUAGGGAUUUUUCGGGGAAGGGAGAGGGGUUACGUGGUGGAGUUUUGGUGGUUAAGGGGCGACGCUUGAAGUUUCUGGGCGGUUGCCGGCACAAGGGGGGUCUAAGCGCGGCCGGGAAUGGGGGCUGCGGCGGAGGACUGGGCGUGUGGAGGCAGGGAGGUGGCUGACGAAGGGGGUGGCUGGAAGGUGGAUGACGGAGGGGGUGGCAGUGGGUUGGCUGGAAGGUGGAUGGACGGUGGUUGGGCCCCACUAACGGAAAUAGUUAAAGUUAACGGAAGCAACUAACGGCAGGGUCACAACGUAGAAACGUUUGGUAAUUUAGGGUUACAACGUAGAAAAUAAAAAAUGUCAUGUCACAACGUAGAAAACGCGAAAAAAACAAGGUCAUAACGUAGAAAAACCCUUAUCUCUUUAUUAUUGUAGCAUCCUACGAAUUCGCACAAAUCUAUACCAAAGUCGCACAAAUCUACACCAAUUUCGCACAAAUACUAUUCGGAAAUCAAUUUUUUUAACUGUUUUGCAACGAAUUUCUUACAAAAAGCGCACAAAUUCAUCGCGAAAUUCGAUCAGAUGCCAAAACAAAAUCCCAGAGAACUGAAUCCUUACCUGAGGAACAAUGGAAGUGGCUAUCCUGAAGAUGAAGAGCAAAUAAAGUCCAGCAAGGACCAACUUUUGUCAUCUUCUGUAGUGGGGGAUGGUGGAGCAAGCUGGAGAAUGAAGGCUUUGAAGCGUGCGCAGGAGCAAGCAACACGUGAAGGGCGAAAUGUUAAAGAGGUUGUUCAAGAAAGGUGGCGAUCUCUUGGUCAUCUUGCAGCAUCUGUGGCAUCUCAGAGUGCUGCUGCUCCUCGUGCUCAUUUGCCUGCUAUAAAUUCUCGAAGGAUGGGAGCAUGUGGGGAAGCGAAAUCAGGCUCAAACAAUGAUAGUAGAAGGGGUACUAAAAAGGUUUCAGGAGCAGGAAAAAAGCAAACACUUGCUGCUUGCAGCAAGAGGCCGAGGACAGUAGACAAGUAUUCAGCAUUUAAUUUGCCUAUUCCCAGCGAAAUUAUGUAUGAUAUAUUAUUACUUCUUCCUGCUUCAGUUCUUCAGGAGAUUGUGAGGUUCGUUUGCAAGGAGUGGAAUGCUAUAAUCAAUGACCGGCUCUUUAUUAGAGCCCACCUUCUUCAGUCCUUGUCAUCUCCUGCUACUACUGGUUUCCUUAUUCAAGACAACAACCUGCAUGAUGCUAAGCUAAAGCGGGCCUUUUACGUUCACCCAUAUGAUCGUGCUAUCAGUAUACUUAAGUUCCAUUUAAAGCCACAAUUUUGGGUUCUUGUAACGGUCUACUCUUGCUUCAAAAUGCCAUCAUUCCAAAAAAAUUGUUUGUAGUGAAUCUCGUAACUAAAGCCCACAUCAGUCUCCCUCCCCUGUCCCUCGCCGUGCCAAGGGCAGUUGUUCAUCAUAAACCUUCUGCUGCUCUAGCAUUUGCGCCUUCUUCAGGUCAAUACAAAGUCUUAUAUGCUUGUUUCGUCUCCAAAUAUGAACAUCCACCAUAUCUUGAACCUGGGAAAGCUGGUUAUUAUUGUGCCAGAUUCAAAGUUAAGGUUAUGGUAUGGACAGUAGCUGUUGAUGAAACUUGGAGGGCCAUUGACUGUCAAGGCAUUACUAUGAGUAAUGAGGCAAAGCAGACACUAAUGAGUCAUCCGUUUUCUAUUGCAGGAGGGUAUAUUUGUUGGUUUCAUACAGAUCACUAUCUUGAUUUUGCCUUGGAUAUAGAUGCUGAAACCAUGUAUCAAUUUGCAGGGCCAGUGUAUCAAUUUGCUGGGCCAAAAGAUUAUACAAUGUACUUCAGUCAGACUUACUGUAUACCGAUGGACACCGGUGCGGGUCUAAUACAUAUGCUAUCCCCUGCUAUGUGUUGGAAAGUCUGGGAAAUGACAGAACCGAAAACUGGUCCUUGGGGUAGAUGUACAAAUUUCGGUGCAGCUGGUAUGUAUUCGGCGCUUGAUAGACAUUUCCAUCCUUUAAGGUUUGGAGGCGCUAUACCUCUUUCUUAUUAGUUUGAAAACUGGAGAGUUUUGGUUUUGGCAACGUGAGGUCCAGCCCUGGCAUGAAUGUAGCGUUGGUUUGUUACAAUUGGAAGACGGGGAGUAUUUGGUCAUCUCCAAUUAAUUGGCAAAGACAUUUUGACCUCCCACAUCUCCACGUAAACAGCUUGCUAUCACUGAAGAAUCUGUAGUUGUGGAAAAGGGUGUUCAACAACUGGUCCGGACCGGAAAAAUGGACCAAACUGGACCGGACUGACCUCAGACCUCUACCGGUCCAAUCUUCUAGUUGAGAAAUUAAUUUUUUCGAUUUUCGGUCCGGUUCGGUCCAAAAUCUUAUAAAAACCGGUCUCGGACCAGACCCCUUUUUUGCUUAAAACUAUGCAUAAAAUAUUUAAAAAUAAUUAACAUUAUUCUUAAUAAGUUAGGAAAACUAUAAGUUUAUGAGUUUUUUAAUAUUAGAUUUACAAAAAAAGGCGAUAAAAUGAAUUUUCCUUUAUUUUAUUUUCACAUUUCAUAGUAUAAUUAAAAAUAAAUUUAAAAUAUUACAAGCAUAUUCUAAAAUUGGUCUAAAUCGGUCUGGUCUUCAGUUCUUAAAAUUUAAUUUUUCAGUCUUCAGUCCGGUUUAGGUUGGUUCGGUCUUUGACCGAUGAAUAUCCCUAGUUGUGAAACGACAAUCAUUGUAUGAAGUGCAAGUGUUGUGUAGUUCUAUGGAUACAUCCAUGUGGGACUGGAGACUCAAUAAUUGACGUUUAAGUUAAUUUUAUUCCCGUUCCCUACCCCCUAAUUUUUUGUUCAGGUCACUUGGACCUAAUGUUGUAUAAUUUGAUGUAGACUUGAUUGAUAUCAUCAAUGUUUGUGGAAUAAAGAUUCUAUUUGAAUGA